CGCGCAGCUCCGGUCGCCCAAGCCCCAGCCGGGGGCCUGUGGCCCGGGGGAGGAGCUGUGCGUCCGCGACCCGUCGGGGACCGCGGCUGCUCGGCGGGAGUGCACGGGCCGUGUCUGCGCGACUGCCCACGCGUGACAGCCCCAGAACAGACCCAUGCUGUCCUAGCCUGCCCAUCAUCUCCAGACCACCUGAGAUCUCAGAAAGUUCCUGAAGGUGGAUAACUGAAUGUCCCUGGAUGAGAAGGAGCUGACAGCAGCUGAAUUCCAUCUUCUCUGUGUGCUGGGGAGCAGGGCUACACGGCCCAGGUGGCAUCAAUGCCGAAGAACAGCAAAGUGACCCAGCGUGAGCACAGCAGUGAGCAUGUCACUGAGUCUGUGGCCGACCUGCUGGCCCUCGAGGAGCCUGUGGACUAUAAGCAGAGCGUACUGAAUGUGGCUGGCGAGGCAGGCGGCAAGCAAAAGGCAGCGGAGGAGGAGCUGGACGCAGAGGACCGCCCGGCCUGGAACAGCAAGCUGCAGUACAUCCUGGCCCAGAUCGGCUUCUCUGUGGGCCUCGGCAACAUCUGGAGGUUCCCCUACCUGUGCCAGAAAAAUGGAGGAGGUGCUUAUCUGGUGCCCUACCUGGUGCUGCUGAUCAUCAUCGGGAUCCCGCUCUUCUUCCUGGAGCUGGCUGUGGGCCAGAGGAUACGCCGCGGCAGCAUUGGUGUGUGGCACUAUGUGUGUCCCCGCCUGGGAGGCAUCGGCUUCUCCAGCUGCAUAGUCUGUCUCUUUGUGGGGCUGUAUUAUAACGUGAUCAUUGGGUGGAGCAUCUUCUACUUCUUCAAGUCCUUCCAGUACCCCCUGCCCUGGAGCGAGUGUCCUGUCGUCAGGAAUGGGAGCAUGGCAGUGGUGGAGGCAGAGUGUGAAAAGAGCUCAGCUACUACCUACUUCUGGUACCGAGAGGCCUUGGACAUCUCAGACUCCAUCUCGGAGAGUGGGGGCCUCAACUGGAAGAUGACCCUGUGCCUCCUCGUGGCCUGGAGCAUCGUGGGGAUGGCUGUUGUUAAGGGCAUCCAGUCCUCGGGGAAGGUGAUGUAUUUCAGCUCCCUCUUCCCCUAUGUGGUGCUGGCCUGCUUCCUGGUCCGGGGGCUGUUGCUGCGAGGGGCAGUUGAUGGCAUCCUACACAUGUUCACUCCCAAGCUGGACAAGAUGCUGGACCCCCAGGUGUGGCGGGAGGCAGCCACCCAGGUCUUCUUUGCCCUGGGCCUGGGCUUUGGUGGUGUCAUUGCCUUCUCCAGCUACAACAAGCAGGACAACAACUGCCACUUUGAUGCCGCCCUGGUGUCCUUCAUCAACUUCUUCACGUCGGUGUUGGCCACCCUCGUGGUGUUUGCUGUGCUGGGCUUCAAGGCCAAUAUCAUGAAUGAGAAGUGUGUGGUCGAAAAUGCUGAGAAAAUCCUAGGGUACCUCAACACCAACGUCCUGAGCCGGGACCUCAUCCCACCCCACGUCAACUUCUCCCACCUGACCACAAAGGACUACAUGGAGAUGUACAAUGUUAUCAUGACCGUGAAGGAGGACCAGUUCUCAGCCCUGGGCCUUGACCCCUGCCUUCUGGAGGACGAGCUGGACAAGUCCGUGCAGGGCACAGGCCUGGCCUUCAUCGCCUUCACUGAGGCCAUGACGCACUUCCCUGCCUCCCCGUUCUGGUCUGUCAUGUUCUUCCUGAUGCUCAUCAACCUGGGCCUGGGCAGCAUGAUCGGGACCAUGGCGGGCAUCACCACGCCCAUCAUCGACACCUUCAAGGUGCCCAAGGAGAUGUUCACAGUGGGCUGCUGUGUCUUUGCAUUCUUCGUGGGGCUGUUGUUCGUCCAGCGCUCCGGAAACUACUUUGUCACCAUGUUCGAUGACUACUCGGCCACCCUGCCACUCACUGUCAUUGUCAUCCUUGAGAACAUCGCUGUGGCCUGGAUUUAUGGAACCAAGAAGUUCAUGCAGGAGCUGACGGAGAUGCUGGGCUUCCGCCCCUACCGCUUCUAUUUCUACAUGUGGAAGUUCGUGUCUCCGCUCUGCAUGGCUGUGCUCACCACGGCCAGCGUCAUCCAGCUGGGGGUCACACCCCCGGGCUACAGCGCCUGGAUCAAGGAGGAGGCUGCCGAGCGCUACCUGUAUUUCCCCAACUGGGCCAUGGCACUCCUGAUCACCCUCAUCGUCGUGGCGGCGCUGCCCAUCCCUGUGGUGUUCGUCCUGCGGCACUUUCACCUGCUCUCUGAUGGCUCCAACACGCUCUCCGUGUCCUACAAGAAGGGCCGCAUGAUGAAGGACAUCUCCAACCUGGAGGAGAAUGAUGAGACCCGCUUCAUCCUCAGCAAGGUGCCCAGUGAGGCACCUUCCCCCAUGCCUACUCACCGUUCCUAUCUGGGCCCCGGCAGCACAUCGCCCCUGGAGACCAGCGGUAACCCCAAUGGACGCUAUGGGAGCGGCUACCUCCUGGCCAGCACCCCUGAGUCGGAGCUCUGACCACUGCCCCAGCCCUGCCCACCUCUCCCCCAGUGCUCAACCUGCCCACUUGUCCAGGCCUGGCCUCUUCCUCCAGGUGGUCACCAGGCCCAGGCCAGGCCCUUUGCCCAAGAAGAGAGGGUCUGCCCUGCCUCACUCCCCUCUUCAGUCCCAGUAGACUCUACUCCCUAGCCCUGAGCAGGAAGCUGGGAGCAGCUCGGUUUCCCAAUUCAGGACCCCACUUAUCUAGCCCUCCAAAAGCCUCUGCCAGAUUGCAGCCGUGUAAUUGAAACAACCCAUCAGCCUUGCUUCCCAGUCCAUGGGAGACUCCAGGUGGCCACUGCAGAACUCCCUCACCUCCCUCUCUCUCUAUAACUUGCCACCUGCAGUUCUUAGGGCUCUGGGGUCCCCUGAGCUGGCAGAUGGUGGUGGUGAGGGCCUUGGGGUUGGAGAAGGAGAGUGGACUUUGGUUCACUCUGCAAUGAGAACAGGACACCAUCCUGCCCAGCCCAGACGGGGAUGGUCCCAGCUCAAAAGGCUACCUGCUUGAAGGCGGAGGUGGAAGCAGGUGUGCCAGGGCCCAGGGCUGAGACUGGGAAGGGUAUACACAGAAGCCCCAAGUUCUGUUGUCUAAGGUGGGUGCUGUCCUCGGCUUGAACUUGAGCCUUGGUAGCAGAAGGUGAGGAACCUCCUCUGCCCUGGUCCCUGGGUGGAAUCUUCCCAUGUCCUUGCCCUGCCUGGGGUGGGUGGUAUGAGCUCCUGCAUCCUGCCUGGGAGUGCAGUGACUGGGACCAGAACCUUUCCCACCUCAAUUAGGGCUUAGCCAUCUCCCUGUCCCCAGCACCCCUCCCCAGCCCACAGUGGUGGCCUCUGCCUCUUUCCUGGAGAGAGAAGGAAACGGUGCAAGGAGAGGUUUCCAGCACAAACUAGAUGGUUAGGAGCACAAUUGUGAAGCACACUCCCCACCCUCCUCACCUGGGGCCCAGUGUUCUGUCUAGUGGCAGCUUUUCCCCUGGAACAGGGGUCCCCGGAGUUCAGGGGCUUAUCACCAGAAAGCCUCACUCCUGGGGAAAGACCGAUAUUCACUGCCCCUUUGAGCCACCACUCACUCUCCUUAUUGCACAAGUACAUCAUGUGCAGACACCUUGGAGACCUUUCCCAAGCCUCCCUGGCCCAUAGUGGCCAGCACCACAGGCAGUGCUGUGGACAGUAGAGGCUGCCAAAGGCAAGGGCUGCAGCUGGCAACAGUGACCCCACCCGCCAUUAUCUUCAGGGCCUCCUCUGGAGGAGAGCCGAUUCUCAGAGUGCAGCCAGGGAGGAACCUGACCCGAGUAAAUGCCUGCAGAGAGUUGGAUGGAUGGAUGGAUGGAUGGAUGGAUGGAUGGAUGGAUGAAUGAGGGAUGGAUGGAUGAUGGAUGGAUGGAUGAUGGAUGGAUGGAUGGAUGAUGGAUGGAUGGAUGGAUGUUGGGGUGGGGGGAGGAAGGAAGGAAGGGAGAGAGAAAGGAGGGAAUACUGGCUUCAUCUUUGAGAGCUCUGGUGGGCAGGGCAGAAACAGGCCACAGUGCUCAACCUGGACACCUUCACAAAGGGUCCCGAGUCACUCUUGUGGCUCAGAUUGCUCUUAGGACCUGGAGGGACAGACCAGAAUCAGGGUCCCCUUCUUUACUCCCGAGUUCCUUACUCUCUCCCCAAGCCUGGGAGCGGUCUAUCCCCCAACCUACCCUCUCCCUUACUCAUCCCUCUUCCACUUUCCCCUUUCUAGCCCCUUCUCCCCUACCUGUUCUUCCUGAGUGUUUGAGGGGAGAGAGAGACCCACAUCUCCCCAAAGAGAUGAGUUUUUGGGGUACAACACCCCGCCGUAGGCCCCCUCACCUGACAACAUCUCCUAUCUGGCCCCUUGCAGAAUCCCAAGCAGAAUUAGCAACAGGAAAGCAAAGCCCCAGGAGAGACACUCUACUAUAUAUACUCUUCUAUAUAUUCUAUUUCUAUUGUAUAUUCACUCUGUACAUGUGGGUGUAAAUGCUGUUAAAUGACAAACCCAAUAUUAUACUGUGGCUGGUGGACUAUUUUCAUCCUCAGUGCUGUACAGAUCUAUUUUCAUUGUAUAUUUGAUAUAUUUUUAAUUUUGUAGCGUGUGGCUGGGCCAGGCCCCAGCGGGAGGGGCUGAGCUGGGGCUGUGUGCUUGCUAGGUGUGGGCUCACUAGUGCUCGAUGUAGGCUUUUGCUGUGUCUUUGCUGUGUGUUAGACGUAGGGCCCAGAGCUUGGGGCGUGUGUGUGUGUGUGUGUGUGUGUGUGUGUGUGUGUGGUGUGCACAUACGUGGGUGUGGGUGUGUGUAGCUUGCUGAUCUGUGACUCCCAGUGUUCACCAUCUUCCUGAAGACUGCGGUCCCUCCCCCUGCCUCCUCUUGCUCCUCUUGGCUCUAUCAGCAGGCAGCCUCAGGGCCGGCAGGGUGCCUUUGGAGCCCCCUGCUGUGGGGAAAGGCAUGUGUUUCUUGCUGGUGACUCAUUGCCUUCACACCACUGGGUUUGCCAGAAACAGGGAAGGAGGGCGUUAGGGGAAAAAAAUCCUCAAAUUUAUUUACCAGUCACUUCUUGCUGUUCCCAGUAGAAUCAAAGCUCUUCUGCAGAGGAAAAGUAUUGGGACUUUUAAGACGGCAAGGCCCCAAGAAGGAUCUCAUGGCACUGCUGCAUUUGCCUUGACACAGUCCUGACAGUGUUUGGAAGGGGCCACCUGCCCCCUCCCCACUGUGCUUCUGACGCCUUUGGAGUCAAGGGCAGGUGUGGUCACCUGAUGAGCUAAGACCCAGCCCCAGAAUCCUGGAGGAACAGGAGGCAGCAGGAGAGGACCACGUCCCCAAGUCCCUGCACAGGGUCCCCACCCCCACUGGCUUUGGUGCUGUCCACACAGUGCCUGCCAGAAGGCAGAGGGAACUCCAGGGCAGGGAUGUGCCUGAAAGAGUCAACAGUCCCCUGGUUCCCUACCCGUGCCUGCGCUCCAGCCCCAUCACCAGCUUCUUGCUCAGGGAGCCUUCCGCCCUGUGCACUGAGGCAACUUGAAGCCUGAGGCCCAGAUGGGGGCUGAACAGGGAGGGUACAGCAGUUAAUGCCAGUGAGGUCGGCUUCUGCCCUCCAGCAAUACAUCUGCAGGGCCUGCUGCUUUCCCAGUGCCAGGAGAACCCCUGCUCCAAGUUAGCCUGUGUGGGUCAUGAGGCUGGGGCCCAGGAGCCAUGGCCCCAGGCACUGCAGUAUUACCAGGCAGGGGACUGCUUUUCUGCACUUCCUCCCCCCACUCCUCACCCCACUCCCCCAGAGUACUCCCCACUGUGAAAAGAGCCAACUGAAUCAGUUAGAAUGCACCUGGCUCCCUGAGCAUCCCUGGGUCCUUCAAAUGGGCCCUGAGAUGUGAGGUCUGCUGCUUCACUGGGGUCUGAUGACUGCGGCUGGGAAGGGGGCCCAGGGCCCUUUCUCAUUGAAAGCUCUGCUCUGUACAGACCCAAGAACACACACCGGGCGUCACCUUGGGUUCUGGCAUAAGUUCAGAACAAUUCAAGACCAUGUGUCCCAUGGCUGAUCAGAGCCCUGGGUCCAAGCCACUCAGCCCAGGGGAGGGGAGGAGGCAUUGUCACCCUAGACCCCUCUUCCUCUCUCCCCCGCCAUGGUGUGCAAUAAAGCGUCUGUUCUUACCAAA